AUGGACACUCUCCAGAGCCUCCCCACCUCCUUCCCCGAGCUAUACGCGGUGAGCGACAGCAUCAAGGUCGUCGAGGUCGCCAACAAGUACAACCCGCCUGAUGGAACACCCAUCACCCGUAUUCCCGAGUACACCAUUCCUGGGGAGGGUGGCGCGUACCACUGCUCAAAGGUCGAGACAGCUUGGACGCAGGGCUUCUUCCCCGGCCUACUGUGGCUCAUGCUGGAACGCCGCCGCCUCCUUCCAGCUUCAGUUGACAGCUCCUAUUCCGAGGAUGACAUUGCGCACCUCGCCCGUAGGUAUCAAGAGAGUUUUCGUCACAAGGCGAACCCAGCGAUCAACCACGACCAGGGGUUCCGGUUCCAACUCAGUUUUGGACGGGACAUGGACCUGACCAAGAGCGAUGAAUCGGCGGUCCUCAUCGAUGCAGCUGACUCGCUUGUGGACCGCUAUUCUGAUAAGAUCGGCUGUAUCCGCUCCUGGGACAAGAUGGUGCGCGUCGGCGAGCCCGAUGUCUGGCGCCUGGACAACCAGGAUGAGCACUACCUCGUGAUUAUCGACAACAUGAUGAACCUUGACCUCAUGUACCUGGCCACCGAACUCACGGGUGACCCGAAAUAUGCUGCUAUAGCAACGCGCCAGGCGGAAAUGAUGCAGGCCGCACAUGUGCGGCCGGACGGGACGACGUACCACGUCGUCGACUUCACCGAUGGCAGCGCUCACAAGGGCUACACCUGUCAGGGGUACGAGGACGAGUCGUGCUGGUCCCGCGGGCAGGCAUGGGGCAUCUACGGCUUUGCUCAGUGCGCUCUGCGGACAGGACGCAAGGACUUUCUCGACACGUCCCGUUUGCUCACGGACAAGUUCCUCGAUCUUCUCCCCGAGUCUGGCGUACCGUGGUGGGACUUUGACGCACCCAAGCCGUGCCCGUAUGACUCGUCUGCAGCGACGAUUGCUGCAGCCGGCAUGCUCAUACUCUUCCGCCUUCUAAGGUCGGCAGACCCCACGGCCGCAGAGCAGUACCUCGCGCGCGCCUUCAAACUGGUACGCGACACGCUGCGCGAGUGCAAGACCGCUGCUGCGUCCCUCACCGACGGUAAGGUCAACUGGGGAACUGGAGAAUGGGAGACCAUUCUCCAGCACUCGACAAUAAACGGGAACCGCUUCUCGGCCCGCACGAUGAUGGACCACGGACUGGUGUACGCCGACUACUAUCUUGCCGAGUUUGCUAACGAGGCGCUCAAGCUGCGUCCUCGGCCGAACUAG